UGUCACAUUUUCCCCCGUCUCGAAACUCGAAAGGCAAUAAAGGCAUUUCGUCGAAAAGAAAAUUUAUGAAGCCGGUUGAUUAUUUUAUGGAAAAUUAACACUAUUACUACUAAAUCAAAGCGUCCCAUAAGAAGUGCUUGAAGUUCUAACCAUGAAACCCAACGUAAGCUCUAACAACAGCGAAUAUGUCGAGUGCAAUCAAACAAAACAAUCUGAGAAUAAUGAACGCUUUGUUUUAACCAAUAAAUGCAGAGUAUGCUUAGACGCAGCCGAUAUCCCAAUAUUUGGUGACGAACUAACGCCGGACAUAUCUAACGACAUUGAAACCUUUGGAAGUAUUGAGAUACGAAGUCACGAUAAUCUUCCUAAAUACAUUUGCGAGUCUUGUGAAAAGUUGCUGCAGGCAGCCGUAUUUUUCAGAAAGACAGCACAGCAAACUGAUUUGCAACUUAAAAGCCAACAAUAUCAAGAUGAUUCCAAUACUACAAAUAAUAUUUUAGAUACUGUAAAACCUGAUGGAGGGUUAUUAGACAUUGGAGAUAGCAAUGCGGAUAUCGAGACUGAAAACUCUUCAAAUAAUAUUAAAGAAGAAAUUGUUGUUGAACCUUCUUACAUCUAUGAGGAUUUAGCUGCAAUAGGCGCUUUUAAUGAUUCAUUUAAUAGUGAAGAAAACAAUGUCAACCAAAACCUGCCACUUGUUGAAGAUAGCACUGUUAAUAUGUCUAUAGAUAAAAAAUAUACGUGUAAAACUUGUGAUAUUCCUUUCAGGACAGCUAAAGGAUAUUCUAACCAUAAAAAAUCUGUAGAACAUAAAAAAGCCAGAAAUUCCAAAAAGAUUCAAUGUGAAAUUUGUUUCAAAAAUGUCAGCAGAGCUUAUUACAGCCGUCAUGUGGAGGCACAUUCACCUGAUAGUAAGGAUGACAAGCUCACUUGUCCUAUUUGUAAUAAGACAUACAACAAAACAUACUUCAACUAUCAUAUAACGAACACACAUAAUAAAGACAAAAAAGAAUCUGAGCGUAUUCAAUGUUCUGUCUGCAAUAAGUCUUAUGAAAAACAUUAUUAUAAAUUCCAUUUGGCUAUUCAUAAUAAUGACUCGUCAAAAUAUGUUUGUGAUGCAUGCGGCAAAUCAUUCAUUCAGCAGAGCGCUUUUAAACGCCAUAGUUUGAUUCAUGGCAGCAAAUUAGCAUUUAAAUGUUCACUUUGCCCAUACAAAGGACGGCAUCCUGGAUUACUGAAGACGCACAUGCAAACGCAUACAAGGGAUUAUCAGCAUCGCUGCAUGGAGUGCCCAGCACGCUUCUUAACGAAGAGUAACCUUAACAAACAUGUGCAAAGACACAAAGGCCCUGUGGAUUUCAAAUGUGAGAAUUGCAAGAAAGGUUUUUAUUCUAAGCCGGAACUUGAAAGGCAUUAUGAGGCAGACCAUUUGGGAGUUAAGAACCAUGUCUGCAAUAUUUGUGGAAAAGCUUUUGGGUACAGGAAUGCUAUGAUGAGCCAUCAGCUAAGGGUCCACAAAAGGGAAAAAUUGACAAAUGGAAAAGGAAGACUGCCUUUGUAUUUAGAAGCUGAUAGGAAUAAUGAUAACAUUGGUGAAUGUAAUUAAAAGUUGUGAUAAA